AUGGCUUCGGUUCCGGUGAAGCCUCUACCUUUCGGACGCUUACAGCAUCUUCUCCGGAAUAUUACUCCGACGGUUCCAAGAGCUCAGUCAAUGUUUUCAGCGUCUUUCAAACACCAUCAUUUCUUAGGACUCUCAUCUUAUGAUAUAUGUAUCUAUGAAUCUGUGAGGCAUAUGAGAAACCUUAGGUCUUGGAGCACUCGCCGACGAGUAAUCAAAAGCCCCGGCGUAUCUAUGCCGGUAGCUUCUGCUGAAGAUUUACCUGCGGCUUCUUGGAAGCCGGAGAAGACUACGGUGGCUCCGUCGCUGAGUGACGUCAUUUGGCCAGCAGCAGAUUAG